UCUUUAACAACGAACGAAGAAGAGAGAGCGAGGGAGAGAAAGAGGUUUGGGGGAAGGCGGAGUCGGAGUAAUCACGGCGAGCAUUGGAGCCGGCCGGCGGGGACUCCUCAAAGCUCAACCAGAAGUGGAGAAUCCCCGCCUUCUCCUCGACAACCAGCGUAGCCCCGCCCCACACGGUGGCCGUGGCGCACUGCCUUCAGCUGGAGGAAGCCCCUCUGACCUCCUUUUCCUCGCCGGCGGUGGUCCUUUCUCUUAGAUUCUAGCUUCUCCUUCUUGCCUUCUUUGUCUUUUUUGCUUUUGCUUUAGAUAGAAAGAGAGAUAGGAAUAGAAUAAGGAUGUUGACAAUUAAGAGGGUGCCCACCGUGGUGUCGAACUACCAGGAGGAUUCCGGCGAGCCGCUUGGAUGUGGCCGGAAUUGCCUCGGCAAGUGCUGCUUGCCUGUUUCAAAAUUGCCCCUUUUUGCGUUUGGGAGCGAAACCCUAAGGGCUGGUUCUGUCCCUGAUGAUGAGAAGCCUCCCGCUGAUUUCUUCCUCAAUACUCUGUUGAUUGGACAGUGGGAGGAUCGGAUGAGCCGGGGCCUGUUUCGGUAUGAUGUCACAGCUUGUGAGACGAAGGUGAUCCCCGGGGAGCAGGGGUUUAUAGCUCAGCUGAAUGAAGGCCGUCACCUUAAGAAACGGCCUACCGAGUUUAGGGUCGACCGUGUACUUCAACCAUUCGAUCCAAAGAAAUUCAACUUCACAAAAGUCGGACAAGAGGAGGUGCUCUUCCGAUUUGAGGCCAGUAAGGAUGGCAAAAUUCAGUUCCUCGAGAAAGCAUUUGUCGAGGAGAACUAUUCUCCUAGCGUCGUCGCUAUUAAUGUGAGCCCAAUAGAGUAUGGUCAUGUGCUGCUAAUUCCCCGUGUGCUUGAAUGUUUGCCUCAAAGGAUUGAUCUUGAUAGCCUCUUGCUCGCGCUUCAUAUGGCCGAAGAAGCUGCGAGUCCUUACUUCCGGCUUGGUUACAAUAGUUUGGGUGCCUUUGCCACCAUUAAUCACCUCCACUUUCAGGCUUAUUACCUAUCAGUGCCUUUCCCUGUUGAAAAGGCUCUGACUCGAAGAAUUCUCAUUGCUAAAGGUCUGGAAAAGAACAGUGUGAAGAUAUCAAAACUUGUCAAUUAUCCAGUGAGAGGUCUGGUUUAUGAGGGUGGAGACAAUCUGCAGGACCUGGCUAAUGUGGUGGCAACCUCCUGCAUUUGGCUUCAAGACAAUAAUGUCCCAUUUAACAUACUCAUUUCUGAUUCAGGAAGGAGGAUCUUCAUCUUCCCACAGUGUUAUGCUGAGAAACAAGCUCUUGGGGAAGUUGCACAAGAACUGUUGGACACUCAAGUAAACCCGGCAGUAUGGGAAAUAAGUGGGCACAUGGUGCUUAAGCGGAAGGAGGACUACAACAAUGCAUCGGAGGAUUAUGCAUGGAGGCUCUUAGCUGAAGUUUCACUCUCCGACGAUAGGUUCGAAGAGGUGAAGGCUUACAUAUUUGAGGCUGCUGGUCUGGUGGAAUCGAAAGAGAACGAAGCAGAGGCCAACGAAAACGACGGAGCUACCUAUCAGCAAUCUCAGCCUAUCCCUGCUGCUCAGAUUCCAGUGGAUGUCUGAUUCUCAGUUGCUUUUGUUUAGAUGUCCUCCUUCAAUGAAAUAAUUAAGGGCAAUACUCAUGUUUGUAUUGUUUCCUCUGUGUCUCCAGAGCAUGUCACUCAUUGUUCAUCCUAUAAUUUGUUUGAAUCUUUGAAGCUUCAGCUUCAGUUUCAGUUUCA